AUGCCUCGCGAUCCCCUCAUCGGGCUGGUAGGCAAGCCCUCUGCCGGCAAGAGCAGCACGCUCAACAGCUUAACAGAUGCUUCCUCCAAAGUUGGUCAAUUUACCACCAUUGAUCCUCAGCGAGCGAUAGGAUACCUCCAGAUCGACUGCGCCUGCGCGCGCUUCAAGCUAUCAGAUAAAUGCAAGCCCAACUACGGAUCUUGCGUUGACGGCCGACGGUCUGUACCGAUUGAGCUUCUCGAUGUUGCGGGAUUAGUUCCUGGUGCUCAUCAGGGCCGCGGCCUGGGAAACAAAUUCUUGGACGAUCUGCGACAUGCCGAUGCGCUUAUUCACGUCGUCGAUGCGUCCGGAACUGUCGAUGCGGAGGGCAAGGAGACGAGAGGCUACGAUCCUUCUGUUGAUAUCGCCUGGCUGCGCAGUGAGAUUGUUGCAUGGAUCUUGGGUAAUCUGAUGACGAAAUGGGGAGGCAUCAAGAGACGGCAUAUCGCAGUCAAGGCAACGGCUGUCGAGACAUUACAGAAUCAGUUUUCCGGUUACGGAUCCACCCCCGUAACGGUACAGCGGACAAUGGAUCGGUCAGGCGUGAAGGAGCCGCUGGAAGAGUGGUCCGACGAAACAGUUGAACACAUUGUCAACUGCUUCAUCGACGAAAAGUUCCCGACAGUGAUCGCACUAAACAAGAUCGACCACCCCGACGCAGAUAAGAACAUUGCCAAGAUUGCCAAGAUGCAAGACCCGAAUGCGGUUGUUCUCUGUUCAGCCAUUUCAGAAAUCUUCCUAAGGAAGAUGGCGAAGCAAGGGUACAUUAAAUACGUCGAGGGAAGCGAAUUUAUCGACACGAGAGAGGAUCUCAUCGAGCAAGGCGAUCCUACAGGCGGUGGCCUCAAAGAACUUGACGAGAAGAACCGAAACCGGAUAGAGAAUCUAAAGGAUAUGGUUCUGUACCGGUUCGGAUCUACGGGUGUCGUGCAAGUGCUGUCCAAGGCAGCUGAACUGCUCGGCCUAGUACCCGUUUUCCCCGUCCGAAACACGACAACUUUUAGCUCUGGAGCGUCCGAAUCCAAAUUUGUCUUUAGGGAUUGCGUGCUAGUGAAGAAGGGGUUAACGGUGGGUGAUGUUGCUCGCAAAGUGAUGGGCGAUGCGCCGAUUGCAUUUGUGGAAGGAGUUGGAAACAUGAGGGUAUCUGAAGAUGAUGUCGUUGCCGUGGGAAAGAAUGAUGUUCUAUCAUUCAAGGUUGGACGGACAUGA